CAGCACACGCACAUGGUUGCCUGGUUAUGGUUGCCCUUAGAUAUGCAAAGAGGGUGAAAGAGGUGCUGAUGCCCUCUCAAAAUGUACUGUAUGCAGGGCCCUUGCCUGCCAUCCAAGCCCAUGAGUCACUUCAAUGCAUCUCACUCUGAAAGCGUCUCGUAUUUGUGCAUCUCAGCAGCCGAUUUGCAUGGCUAGUGGACCUCAUGCAAAUUCACUGUGUCUUGCCGCCUUUGCAUCUUGUUUCGAACAGGUGAGGCCAUUUCUCUGACUACAGGAGGAGGUGACAGCUGCACAGAGGACGAUAACACUUCCGGAACAGCUUGCCUUACUGACACGCCAACACAAGCACAGGUCCCGUGUGGCAGCAGCAAUUCACAGCCAAACAGCACAGACAAUGACAGCACAGGACCUCUCGUGUUAGUACACACAAGGACACAGACAACGCUCUUGGAAAGCUGGCCCCAGGAUAUCCUACACCCGGAGACACGCCCUGAGCCCGAUCACAAGAAUGGUCCAGACAGCAACACCCUCGAGCACACAGCAGGGAGUCUGACUGGUCUAAGAUCGGAGGGUCCAGCCUGCCAUGACAACUGUCAGUCAGAGCCAGUAGACAAUGGGAGGAGCCAGGCCGUGCUGACUGAGAACCCCACUCCUCUUGUUGUAGUGACGGCAGUAGAAGACCCCAUUCAACAGCGUGCCACUCUAAGAGAACGAGAUUGGCCGACUCAGACAGGUAUCUCCACCCCCAGCUCUGCCCCUUACAUUUCCACCCAAGCCACAUCUGUCUUCCGUCAAGUCCCCACCAUGCCCACGCUCCCUGAGGAAGAGGAAGACUCUCCUGAAGACCUCGACAGUACCAACAGCUCUCCCGUCACUCAGUGCACACCUGUUGAAAAUAAAGCAGUAACCAUGGCAAUCCCUGCACCAUCUAUUGUAUUCCCAAGACAAGAUGAUUUUGGCAACCAAGAUCCCAGACCUCUUGAGCUGGCCAGGCCCCACAGCCCUAGGCCUCGUCUCUCCCGAAACACCGCCUCCAUCACCACAGUUGACAGUGCAGGUCAUGUGAUCGACCUAGUGAAGGACCAGCUGCCAGACCUGCAGCUCAGCGUGGAGGAUAAGCAGAAGAAUAUGGAGCUUCUGGAGGAGGCCAAGAGAGUGAGCGACCGCUUCCUCUCCCGCCGUGGCCGCCGGUCCACCAGCAGCCUGUCAGAGUCGCCCCCAGGAGGCCUCUCCCCAAACCCGACUCCACUCUCUUCCCCGGCCCCGUCGCGAAGCAGCUCCCUGACUGUGCCCCCUCAAUCUGCUGGUCUCUCGUCCAACUCCACGCCUCACCCUUCUCCUGUACCAUCUAGGAGCAACUCUUUGACUGUGCCCCCUCAGAAUGCUCUGGAGGAACUGGGAGCGAAUUACGUCAGCCCACCAGCCAAUCAACGCUUGGAGGUAUGUUUGAUUGGAGAGCAGGAAGACAACAGCCCACAGGACCAAGAGAGCCUCAGAAAGCCCAAUGAGAAGCGCAAGGUGUCCUCUGGCACGCUGUCGCCACGGCGCACCGUGCCCGCGGCUGCCAGAGAGGACGGUGGGAAACCUCGGGAGAAAGGGAAAUGGGGCCUGGAGGCCAGGGAGGAGGAAGAGGGCCCAGGGCGGGGGACCCAAAGGAGGGCCCCGGAUGACGAGGCCCCCGCCACGGGGGUGGCCAAACCCGUGCCCCGCCUGGCCUCGCAGCAAGCCCCCUGCACCGCAGAGAUCAGGACCAUAGGUGCCUUCCCCCCGCUCAUGAGAGCCGUGUCCUGGGACACUGUGGGCUCCUUCCCUGCCAGGAACGGGGCGCAGGACGAUUCCCCCCAAAAUGAGGAGGCCCUCCCCUUCUUCGAGAAAUCAAGCGAGUCCCUGUUCAAGUCCUCGGGGUACAAGGACUUCCCGGUGCAGCCUGUCAAGAUGCAGAAACUGGCCAAAAUGCGGGAGGAGCACAAGCUGAUUCGAAACCAAAGUAUUGUGGGAUCAAAGUUGCCGGACCUGAAUGAAACAGCUGAACAGGAAAGAGGGCUCUCUCCCUGUCCCCCUCUGGCAUCUCCUAUGGAGGAAGAAGCCAAAGAAAAGUCAGAUGUGAUGCCCAACAUCUCUGACAUAAUGCUGCGGAAACUGAAACUGCACAGAGCUGUUCCGGGCAGUAGUCCACCUCUCACAGAAAAAGAGGUUGAGAACGCGUUUGUGCAGCUGUCCCUGGCCUUCCGGAACGACAACUACACCCUGGAGACUCGCCUGCGCCAGUCGGAGCGCGAGCGGAACCUGACCGAGGAGAACACGGAGAAGGAACUGGAAGAAUUCAAAGGCUUCCUUAAGGGCUCUGCGUCCCUAUGGCAGACCUCAGAGCAGCGCGACUCCUUCCAGCGCCUCCUAGAGACGGUGGCGGUACUGCACCGUCUGGCCACGCGCCUCUCUAGCCGCUCAGAGAUGGUGGGAGCCGUGCGUCAGGAGAAGCGUAUGAACAAGGCGACGGAGGUGAUGAUGCAGUAUGUGGAGAACCUGAAGAGGACCUAUGAGAAGGACCAUGCUGAGCUGAUGGAGUUUAAGAAGCUGGCCAAUCAGAACUCCAACCGUUGCUACGGUGGAUCCAUGGACACCGGAGAUGAUGGCGUUCCCCGCACAUCCAGAUCGAUGUCGGUGACCCUUGGAAAGGCGCUGCCCAGGAGGAGAGUCAGCGUCGCCGUGGUUCCCAAAUUCAACCUCCUGACCAUCCCUGGCCAGAGCCCCCCCAGUGCCUCUGGGCCUCUUCUCCCUGUGCUGUGUGAGGCCAGUGCAAAGGCCAGCUCUCCCUCAGAACCUGCACAGCAGCCACUGGCUGAGACUGGAAAGAGUCUGGCUGACCAGGAGAGCGAGACAUCUUCUCCAGCAAAACCUCCCAGUGGCCCUGCAGAGAUCAGCUCCGAAGUGAAGGCCAAGAUCGAGGAGGAUGCAUACAAUAAAGGGUACCAAGAAGGACUGAAGAAAAGCAAGGAGCUCCAGGAGCUGAAGGAGGCAGAGGAGAAAAUGGAGGAGAGCCAAGAGGAGCCAGAGGAGAAGGAGAGAAAGGAAAAGGAGAAGGAGAAGGAGAAGGAGAAAGAGCCGAACGAGGCCAAAGAAAAGACACACAGCAGCAAGUAUGAAAAGCUGCUUGAUGUCUUUGAGCGGCUGUGCCCAAAGCUCCUCAGGCAACAGCGAAUGCUCUGGAUUGCCAUGACCCUGUUUGCGGUCACAUUGUUUUUGGUCAGCGUUUUCACAUACUUUGGGGAUCGCAGCAGUGCUCUGGGAGACGUGUCUGCAGGAAAGGCCAUGGGCCCAGGCAAGAAAAAGUUCUUCGGGUGGAACAUGAGACAUCAACCGAAAAACCCCACCCCAGAAUAACACAGAGCCCCAUGGUGCCCCACCCUUUCACACAGUGAGAACAGAAAAGACUCCAAUAAUCCAAACAUAACUACGACCAUCUGCAAGUCCAGGACACUGCCCUGAAUACAUGACUUUCAAUAUGAAAUGUUGCAGUGAAGAAACUUUUGUAACCGAUUGACUCUGUAUGAUGUUGUAUUUUACUGAAAAGCCAAAUUAUUUGAAGAGAAGAGGAUCCUAUCUUUAUGUAUGAACAUGAUGAUAUUCAUAUUUAAUUGGAUGAACACCAUGGUAAUGGCCUGUGCUGAAAUGUCUUACAUUUUUGCUCUUCCUCUGGGGUGAAGUUGUGGCCUUAACAGUAAUUAUAAGGAUGUAACAUAAAUAAAAUGUUAGACAAAUGUGCCUGUGCUAACAAAUCAGAGGUCAAUGUAUGUUUUCUCAGGUUUAUUAAGGAAAAGCCCCAAACAGUAAUUCACUGAUAUAUUUAAAGCGAUAUCUUUUUGUCUUUUGUUAAAGUAUUUUAUAUAUCAUAUUUAAGCAGAGAACUCGUUUGAAAAUAUUAUUGUUAGGAUAUUCCAACAUAGUUCAUAAAGUGCAAUAUUUUUCUAGAUGGUACACCUUUUCUGUUUGUGUUUAUAUUUGGUUUGUUUUUCACAGCACUGAUCCCAUUAGUCCAGAGGGUUUUAUGAAUAAAAAUGUGCACUUAAAAAAAUAAAAAAAAGAGCAUGAGACCAUUUUCUUUUAAUCGUCUUAAACAUUUCCACGUGUGCUAGCAUUGUAUGUUGUCCUGUAGUGCCACGUUACUUGAGUCUGGAAAUAAAGACACUUUAAAAUCUG